AACGAAGUUCUAUACUGCAUAAAUAUAAUGCCAAAAAGAAUAAACAUAAAAAGAAAUAUGUAAAGGGCUACAUGAUUUAUUUAUACUUUAUUUAAAGGUCCAUGAUUGGUACUGUUUUUAUAUUGACCGUAUACAAGUUUUCCCCUCGUUUUAUAAUAGGUUUGACAAAUAUAAAUUGGGGCAUUUUCCGGAUAGUUGUCACACUAUUACCAUUAUCCAAAAUUCAAAUUCCAAUCCAUGGCUUCUUCCCAUCUUCCUCUCCUCUUCCUCAUUUCUAUUUCCUUUCUCUCGGUCUCAUUCACAGAGAGGUGCCACCCAAAUGACAAGAAUACCCUCCUUCAGAUCAAGAAAGACCUCAACGACCCUUACUUCCUCAUCUCUUGGGAUCCCAAAACCGACUGCUGCGACCACUGGUACGUGGUGAAAUGCGACGACAAAACCAACCGAAUUACCGAAUUUGUCCUCGCCCAAACCGAUCUCCAUCUCCCUAUUCCGGCCGCCAUCGGCGACCUCCCCUACCUUCAAGACCUAACCAUCCACGCCUGCAACGCCACCGGCAAAAUCCCACAAGCCAUUUCCAAACUCUCGCAGCUUAACUUUCUCGAUCUCAGACAGAAUCUUCUCACCGGCCCCGUCCCAUCUUUCCUUGGAAACCUCAAAAAACUCACAUACAUCGGACUGUCGCGCAACAGCUUGACCGGUUCGAUUCCACCGUCUCUCUCUCAGCUGCCGGAGCUCAGCGGCCUGCUGUUAGAUCGGAACAACCUCACCGGCGGCAUUCCUGAAUCGUUCGCGGAUUUUAAACAGAAGUCUUUCUAUCUCUACAUGUCACAUAACCAGCUGUUCGGCCCGAUUCCUAGAAGAUUAGGAUACACCAACUUCACCUUCUUAGAUGUUUCUAGAAACAAGCUGGAAGGGGACGUAUCGUUCAUGUUCGGAAAAAACAAGAGUAUGAACACCGCCGACUUUUCCAGGAAUUUGUUACAGUUCAAUCUUUCCAAGGUCGAGUUUUCGGAAAAUUUACAAAACUUGAAUUUGAACCAUAACAAGAUUUUAGGGAGCAUUCCGGCGGGGUUGACUAAUAUUAAUCUGAGUUCGAUGAAUGUGAGUUACAACAGGCUGUGUGGCCGGAUUCCUGUCGGCGGCAGACUGCAGGACUUCGAUUAUACUGCCUAUUUUCACAACAGGUGUUUGUGUGGCCGUCCUUUGCCGGAAUGCAAAUUUUAAUGUUGUUUGAGGAUUUAUAUAUGUAUCAAGUUAAUGGUGUCUUAUCUGUUGUUUAAUGCCUGCUUAUUUUAAUGGAAGACUUCUGGAAUUGGUAAAA